AAUCCAAUUCGGAACAUCUUUCGGGUGGCCGGUCAGGCAGCCAGCGGGAAAAAGGGAACGACGGCACAAAACAGCUGGUCACCGACCAGAAGGAACUGCGCGAAAAGAAGAAUGUUGCGUGUCGUAGGCGCAGCGCUGCGAGGAAUUGCAGCAAGAGCAACAAAUGCAGAAGUGACAACAGCCAUUGUUUCAAAAUGCUCUCCUACUUUGAAUUAUACACAAUAUAGAGGAUUUGGAGCAUUGUCUACUCUUGUUCAGAAAUGGACAACUAUUGGAUCUACACAACAUAGCACAUUACUAAAUCAUACAAUAACAGAGAAUCGUUUGGCUGAACCUAUUAAUGUACCAAUUAGAACAAUAACCAAGUUCAGCAUGACAAAAGGAAAGCGACGAACUGUAAAGACAGUCCUACAACGUUUCUACAGAUUAAAUUGGGGUAUUUGGAUUAGAACAAGGGCAGGUCGAAAAAAACACUUGUGGAAAAAAUCAUCUGCUAGAAAGAAGAGAUUACGAGAGCAUGUAUUCUGUAAUGCCACACAAUCCACAUUAUUGGACAAAAUGGUAUCAAAGUACUGGCGUAGGCGACACUAUUAUGUCGAUGACCCAUAUGAACCUUAUCAGGAGCGCGAAGAAUUUUUAAUUACCCGCAGAAAACCAUUACCUUAAUUAUGUUGCUUACGUUAAUUAUUAGACAAUUAUAAGUUUUGAUUGAAAAAAUAUCAAAGAUAAUGCUAUCUA